AUGCGGCUCUACAGAGUCAUCGCACGCAAGAAGCUAGCGAGACUCGAGAGGGCCUGCUGGUCGCUCGCGGCCCCCGAGGUUCCUCUCCUCUCCCACGAGGCGCGGCGCCUGUCGUCUGGAGCCGGUCGAAGCUUUAGAAAGCUGUCUCCGUCGAGCUCGGCUACCGCUACUCCGCGCCCUGCGCGCAAGGCGAAAGCCGGGCGAGGAGAGAGGCUGGCCGAAGGCCUCAACGAGGUUGCGGGCAGACAGCGCCUGGCCGCGGAAGACACCGCCAGGGGGCGAGGCGCGCGCAAAGGCAAUUGGGAACGCAUGGGCGCCCCUGGCGGGCUGUCCAGCUGCAUGCGCCGCAUAAACCCUCUAAACCCGACUUCGGGGGUCCGGAGGGCUUUUUUGGCAGCGCCUCUGUUGUUGAGCCUCCCCGCAAAGCGCAAGGGAGUCUGUUCGUCUUCGGUUAAACUCGCGGCUCGGCGGGAGCGCGCGGGCAGGGCGCCACCGCGUUGCGUACCUCUUAGGCUGGAUUAUUUAUCAGCUUUUUCUGGGGAGUAUAUACUCCGGGUGGCACUACUGGUUUGA